CGGGAACUGUUAACUGUCGGGCGCUACUCCGUUUACACUAUAUAUUCAAGUCUCUGAGAGAAUUUCAGAAAUUUGCGAAAGAGCUUAGAUUUAGAUUUGACGUUUCGUAUAGUUAUUCUUCUGCUACCUCUUUUAUUCAAGCAUUAAUAUAUCAUGGAUAUUCAAUCCCUCUAUUCCGUUAAGGACAAAGUCGUCCUCGUGACCGGCGGCGCCAAGGGCAUCGGCCGGAUGAUCUCGGAGGCCUUCGUCGUCAACGGCGCCAAGGUCUACAUCGCCUCGCGCGACGCCGCCGCCUGCAAGGCCGCCUGCGCCGAGCUCAACGCCCUGCCCAACGUCCGCCCGGGCUCCGCUAUCGCCCUCCCCGCCGACCUCUCCUCCCUGGCGGAAUGCCAGCGCCUCGCCGCCGAGCUCUCGGCGCGCGAGAAGAAGCUGCACGUCCUCGUCAACAACUCGGGCGCCACAUGGGGCGAAGCCUACGAUAGCUAUCCGGACUCGGCCUGGACCAAGCUCCUGACGCUCAACCUGCAGCGCGUCUUCACGCUCACCCAGCUGCUGACGCCGCUGCUCGAGGCGGCCGGGCAGGCGUCCAAGACGGCCGGGACCGAGGGCCGGGGCGAGGACGAGGGCGAGGGCGAGGGCGAGGGCGUCGUGACGGACCCGGGGCGCAUCAUCCACAUCGGGUCCAUCGACGGGCUGCGGGUGCCGCAGCUGCCCACGUUCGCCUACAGCGCGACCAAGGCCGGGCUGCACCACCUGAGCCGGCACCUGGCGGUGGCGCUGGGCCCGCGCGGCGUGACGAGCAACACGCUCGCGUGCGGGCCCUUCCCCAGCAAGAUGAUGGCCGCCACCCUGCGCGACUUUGGCGACGCCAUCCGCGCCGCCAACCCCCUCGGCCGCAUCGGCACCCCCGCCGACGCCGCCGGCGCCUGUCUCUUCCUCGCCUCCCGCGCCGGCGCCUUCGUCAACGGCGCCACCAUCGCCCUCGACGGCGGCGUCUCCCUGGUGAGCAAGAUCUGAGCCUUCGAACCGACCUCUCCGCUCCGGGGGCAGUGCGUCUUAGUAGUAGUAGUGGUGGUGGUGGUGGUGGUGGUUCAUGUGCGAGAGAGGGUUUAAUGGGAAAAAGACGACGACGCUGUACAUCAUUAUGUACUCUCAUCUCGAGCAACGUCCUGUUUUGUUCGCCUCGGGUUUAUACAAACACUUGGGAAACUCGGGAACUGUCCGGAUUUGCUCAUGGGACACCUCGGGUGAGAGGGGUAGAAAACACUCUCUAUCGGCCCUGUGUAUGCUAUGUGCUAGCCGAGAACGAGAAGAGGGAAAGAAAGGCGGAUUAUGGAAUACGACAGAAUCCCGACGAUAACAUGAUGAUGACGAUGAUGAACCUC